GCUCACUCUCUCGCUAAAGCCCUAGGGCCCCUUCUUCUCGACACCCACAUCCAUCUGGCUCUCUGCUUGUCUCUUGUCGACACACAACUAUGCCUGCGAGCGCGUACAAACGUGCUGCAAAGCCCAAGCUGGCUAAUCCAUUUCAUUUCACGAUAUCGCUCGGCGUGAAUUUAUAUUCAUGCGAUGUCUGCCACGAUGUUGAGAACAUGCCGAUACGCAAAGCCAUCGAGCACGAAGCAACCGAAGCUCAUCGUGCCUCCGUUCGCGAGUAUGACCAACGUCGACCCCCUUCCCCCGAGUAUCUUCCACCCAUCUAUCGUUUUGAGGACAUUGUCAUCAAGGGAGCCCCGACGACCGGAUGGGUCGACGCCCAGCCAGAGCGCGUUAUGCACUGGCAACGGGGGCUCGUCGGCGAACAGCACGAGACCAUGGAAGACGUAUUAACACGGAUUGAAGAGCUCAAUCGCGCGAACGAUCCCUGGAAUGUAGGUGAUGGGUGGGGGGAUGCGGGCUGGGAGCAACCCGAGCCAGAGGUGGUGGGGGACGGUAAUGAGUGGGACAACCCGCCCGAUGCUCAGGCUUGGGGGUGGACGAAUGACUUGGGUGUGCAGGGGAAUGGUUGGGACUUGCCUCCCGACGAUAAGGCUUGGGAGACCGACGCCAAGGAUGAUGGUGGAUGGGUAGAGACCAAGGGGAACGCGUGGGGCAAGAAGCGUAGUGGGUGGGGCGUACCUCCUGACGAAGACGGAUGGGCGGCCGUCCCGAAAGCGAAGGGUUGGAAUACACCACCGAGCGGUGCAUCGUCGAAGUCUGAGAGGGUGUGGGGUAAGCGGCGCCGGGGAGGUCACACUGGAAAGGUGGCACGUCCGAAGGGUGUCAACUCUGGAGGAGGAUCGGGAAACAGAGGUGACGCCUCGUUCGUGGAUGAGUUUGCGCGGGCUCGUGCUAUAGAUCAGUCUCAGAAGGAGAAGAUGAGGAACUUCUAUGAGAUGCCCGCAGAACAGAAGGCGAAACAGAUUGAGAACCUCGCUCGUCGACUUGGCAGGACUCGUGCUUGA